CUGGGAGGGGAGAGAAAAGAAGGUGGAGGCGAAAGAGAGCGAUAGAUAAGUCCAGACAACACCCUAAACCGGUUUAAAGUAUAUUCCUAGUUACUGUAUGUGUGUGAGAGAAUGCUACGGGUUGUGCAGAAUUUCCUAGGCCCAAAAGUGCGGAGCAGUACAGAGCCAUGCGAGCGCCUUUGUUUGUUUUGCACGUUUCCAAGCGAUGAUAACGCGAAUUCGGUUAGCGUUUGAGGAAGCAGCCCCUAGAGUUGGCUUGCUCAGGUCUGGAUGUAGCUGAUUGGAGUAGCAGCAGUCAGAGUGGGUGAUCACAGGGAGGAGGGGAGAGACUCUGAAGUGGCUUUUCUGCGUGUGUGUGAUUCUCCAGCGGCCAUGUUAACCAAGAAACCUUGCGCUGCUGCUACUGCUGUCUACCCGACUGGCAAAGGGGGUGAGAUUUGCCAGCUACAGUCUUCCCCCGGACUGGGCAUAGGGGGUCCCCGGGCUGGAGCAGGGACUGAAGCCACAUCACCCGUCACAUUACCACCACUCAGGAACAGCAACUCUCUCACGGCUGGAGGCAAUAAGCACACAAUGAAUGACCAUCUGCACGUCGGGAAUCACCAGCAGAUCCACGUUCAACAGCUGUUUGAGGAGAACAGCAACAAACGGACAGUGCUGACUGCACAACCCAACGGGUUGACACCUGUAGGUAGAGCAGGUCUGGCCAUGCCGGAGAAGCAGCAAGAAAGCAGCCAGUGUCGACAAGGCAGCUCAACUUCCAUCAAAUCAACUGAAAGCAAACCUAAGCCAGCGCCUUUGACUCCUGAGCAGGCCAUGAAACAGUACAUGUCUAAGCUUUCAGUGUUUGAACACCAAGAGAUCUUCAGCUACCCCGAGAUCUAUUUUAUAGGUCCAAAUGCGAAGAAAAGACAAGGUGUAGUUGGGGGGUCUAACAAUGGAGGUUAUGACGAUGAUCAGGGCUCCUACAUUCAUGUGCCCCAUGACCAUAUAUCAUAUAGGUAUGAGGUACUAAAGGUUAUUGGUAAAGGCAGUUUUGGCCAGGUGGUGAAGGCCUACGACCACAAGAACCACCAGCAGGUGGCCCUGAAAAUGGUGCGUAACGAAAAGCGAUUCCAUCGCCAAGCAGCUGAGGAAAUUCGCAUUCUGGAACAUUUGCGCAAGCAGGAUAAGGACUCCACCAUGAAUGUCAUCCACAUGCUGGAGAACUUUACAUUCCGCAACCAUAUCUGCAUGACGUUUGAGUUGCUCAGCAUGAACCUCUAUGAGCUCAUCAAGAAAAACAAGUUUCAGGGCUUUAGUUUGCCACUAGUGCGCAAGUUUGCACACUCCAUCUUGCAGUGUCUGGACUCCCUGCACAAGAACAGAAUUAUUCACUGCGACCUCAAGCCUGAGAAUAUCCUUCUGAAGCAGCAGGGUCGCAGUGGGAUAAAAGUGAUCGACUUCGGCUCCAGCUGUUAUGAGCAUCAACGGGUCUACACUUACAUCCAGUCACGCUUCUACAGGGCCCCAGAGGUCAUUCUGGGUGCUCGAUAUGGGAUGCCAAUUGAUAUGUGGAGCUUAGGCUGUAUCUUAGCGGAAUUACUUACAGGGUACCCUCUCUUGCCUGGAGAAGAUGAAGGGGACCAACUAGCCUGUGUCAUAGAGCUGUUGGGUAUGCCCUCUCAGAAGCUACUGGAUUCAUCCAAGAGAGCAAAAAAUUUUAUCAGUUCGAAGGGAUAUCCUCGUUAUUGCACAGUCACGACCUUACCUGAUGGCUCAGUGGUGUUGAAUGGGGGAAGGUCACGUAGGGGCAAACUCAGAGGUCCACCAGGCAGCAGGGACUGGGUGACAGCACUUAAAGGCAGUGAUGACCCCCUCUUCUUGGACUUUCUCAAACAGUGUCUAGAGUGGGACCCGUCCCUGCGUAUGACCCCUAGUCAGGCCCUCCGCCACCCAUGGCUCAGAAGACGCUUGCCAAAACCUCCCACUGGGGAGAAAACCACCGUAAAGCGGAUCACUGAGGGUACUGGUGCUAUAACUUCAAUCUCCAAAUUACCUCCCCCUUCUGGCUCAGCCACAAAGUUAAGGACUAACUUGGCACAAAUGACUGAUGCCAAUGGGAAUAUACAACAAAGGACAGUGUUGCCAAAAUUAGUCAGCUGAACACUACUUUUUUUUCCUUUUAAAUGAUGAUAUUGGAAAUUGUUAUUGAUAUUGGAAAGCUGAGCAUUCAGAAGCGUGGGAUUUUUAGGAAAGAGAGUCAUUAAUGCAUAUACACCAUUAAUGAACUGCUUCGUAGCACCUUUGGUUGGAUUUUUUUUUUUUCUAGGAAAGCUCAAAUGGCCAAGAAAGGGGGAACAACACUUUAAAGUUUUUAUCUCAGGGCUUUGCUGAAUGCUGCUUUGAAGGAGCAUUCAUACAAUCUGGUCUAUAAUAACAAAAAGUCCCACUUUGGUUUAAUACCUACAUAUUGUAGCAUAAAAAGUAAAUGGCCUUGCCACAAUGAAGUAAUGGUAGGAUACAUUGUUUUGUGUGCUUCUAAAAUUUUAAUCACCACCCUCAGAUCCUGUCAUAUAAAUAGUGUGUUAAGGGAUGAGGGUUAAAAUGCAUUUUACUAAAAGUUAUGCAAUCUGAGACCUGUUGCAUUUCAGCAUAAUUGUUGUCAAUAUCAAGAUUAGAGUGUUAUAACAAAAUCUAAGAGACUAUGUAAGAGAAACAGGCAAAAUGGAGAAUGGAUGUUGCAGACUGUUAUGAGGUAGCAAAGGAACAAUGUUUACAUGAUAGACGUGGUAUGUGCCUAUAAAUCUCUUGACAUUCCUUAAAACAUUAAAUGAGGAAAAGAGAGAGUGUCUAGAUUGAUGGCAAGUUUAAAGGAAUUUAUGCGGCUAAAUGGAGACGAUACUCAGCAGUACUUGACAGGUGUAUGUUCAUGUAAUUAUAAGCUAUUCGCUGGAAGAGUUGCUUUUGACAUUGUACUGUCCUGGAAGGAAAAAAAAAACUUUGGUGCUUUACCUUUUUUAUUUAUUGUUUUUUAUAUAUCUUGAAAUGUAACACUUAUGGAACAAAACAGUGUUGUUUAAUCAGCUGAGUGAAGACUUGCAGAUUUUGCAGAUUAGGGUCUAGAAUUAGUUUUGUUUGCUUGUUUUUUGUCUCGUCUCUAAAAUGAAUGCUUUUUUGCAGUGACUAGGACUAAGAAUUUAAUAAUAGAAAAGCAGGACUUUGCAUUUACUUGAAUGCAAGCAAGAUAAAUAUUUUAGAUGGACAAGGUUAUGACAGAGUGUGUCAUGAAUCAAGUCUCGAAUCAAAUCUAUAACCACUAAGACAAUACAGAUGGCAACAUUGCAUACCUUCAUUUUGUUACAUUAUCAUUGUGUGGACUUGCUAAUAUCAGGCCAGAGUUAAAAUUCUUAAAGGUUGUUCCCUUUUUGAUAAUAAAUAAUGUUACAAAUAAGUUAUUAAUAACACUUUUCCCUCAAAUCCAGAACAGUUGGAUUUGAAAAAGACUUUAGAACACAAAGACUGGCCAUUUUUGUAGCAUUUGUGACAUUGAAAGAAUAAUUUGACUGACAUGGGUGUAAAAGAUUAGUAAGUUUAACUUAUUUAUUUCAUUUUAUUGUGUCAAUGAAGAGCUAAUAUAGGUGGAACAAGUGGCCUGAAUGUGGCUUGUAUAUCAAUGGAUUGAUUUACGGUGUAAUGCACAAAAAAUAUAUCUGCCACUACUUUGAAAUCCUAUUCUAGCAGGAGGUAGUCCUGCUUACUUUCAGCCAGUCAUGGAUUGGGGGAUGUGGAAGGAGGUCAAACUAUGGGCUGUCAGGGAGACCAGCAAAGCUGUAAUGCUCAUGUUGAUCCCUCCCUCCUCCCCCACUAGAGGCUGGCACAGUGCCCACCAGGCCUACUGCACACUGCACAGGGGCUCAGGCCCUUUUGGACACCCAUAGUGCUUUACAAAUGCAGAAGUUACCUGCCAACAUCAGCAAGCAUUUCACAAUGUACUUUUCACUUUUUUAUUGUUCUGUGAAUUGACAGCAGUGUGGAAUAAUUGUGCCCUUAGGUUUAAUACAAUGUGCCUUUGGUUAUCAAUGCCAUUCAUUUUUUUUCCCCCCAAACAACAGUUCUCCCUUCCAUUUACUUAGGAAAAACUCAUGGUGAUUCUCUUGCACAUGUUUGAGCAUUGCCCAAAGAUACUUCCCAAACCUCGUUAAAUGGGACUUGGAAACAAGUGGCCACACUGUAGAGGUUGUACAUGCAGUUCAGACACUCCAUCUUUUUUCUACUACGAUUUGGGAGGAGAAAUAACUUUAGGGCCCAUUUCCACCAGGGAUGUCUUUGAGACAACAAUCACUACAGUGACAUAGAACAAGUGUCUUCACCACUGCAUUCAUGUUGUCUUAACAUCACACGUAUUCAAGGAGAUACAUUUGGUUAAUUGUAUUACAAUAGAAAUAAGAACACAUUUUAAUAUUUUACCUCAGACUGUUGUGAUAUUCUUGUACUUUUAUGAAUCCAGGGCAUUUGGUACAUACCAAAGUGCAUUCCUUUCUGUGUUAGUGGCUAUGUGGGAAAAGAAGCCAGAUUUUCUCUUUUUACCUGAUCAAGAGGCCAUUCAAGCCACUCAAGAGCAUGUCUUGAGAAUGAUAAUCUUCUAUUGAGAGGGAAGGAUGCUUGAGCUCUAUUAGACAGUCACAUCACCUGUUAAAAUGUCUGACAGAUGUAGCAUACCUCCAAACCUCUUGUUACUUGACAUGGCUGGAUGUAUCUUUUGAGCAGUAAAAACUGCAACCCUAUGAAAUCCAGUGAGUCAGUUGUCAUCCUAGUGUGCAAUACAGUGGUAGCAUUGUUGGGGAAAAUCAAACUACAUGGCUGAAAGUUACAUUUUAAAAGGAUGCUUUUUACCGUUUUUAAAUGUAUGCCCUAACUCUUGAAUCUAGCUACCCACUGUCAGCUUCGUUUUUUAAAAACAAAUCUUUAACAGAGGAACAAAGUUGACAUGUUUAUUUUCAGCCACAGAAAUGUACUGUACAUAUGUGAAUUUGUUGAGAAUUCGAUGUGGAUGUGUACAUAUGUAUAAUGUUUUAAUUUUGUGAAAUGCUGCUGAAAACACUACAUAUAUUGCUGUAGUGGGAGUUUAAUGUUGGCGGCCAGUUUAAUGAUACUGUAUGUAUUGUACAGCUGAUGGAAGAAGAGGUUUUUUUCUAGUGAUCAUUUGUUACAUUUUAUUGUGUGGCUGGAAUAUAUUAAUAAUAAAAGUUUUAAUGUCCAUCUUUACAAAA